CGCUCGGAAGCGCUCGGUGCGAGGCUCGGCAGCUCGGCCCCCGGCACGGAUCGUGAUGCAGAGCGGAGGCAGCAGGGCGGGCGGAAGGCCGCGAGAGUCAGGAAACAUGGACAUGGACCAAGAUAUUCGUUCCUUCGCAAGAGAUCCUCUUUCUAAAUGUCUCCAAGCAAGAAAGGAAUUGGAAACUGCAAUUUCAGCUGUUCUCAAAGCAGAGCAACAAGUGAAGGAGAAUGGGAGGGAGGUAAAGGCUCAGAUCAACUCCUGCAUUAGCCGUCAUUUAGAGUGUCUGCGUAGCCGUGAGGUCUGGCUCCUGGAACAAGCAGACCUCGUCCAGCAACUAAAGGAGGAAGCAUUGCAACAACAGGCACAGCAGCUUUACUGGUUGUUGGGACAGUUCAAUUGCCUGAUUCACCAGCUGGAAACCCCUCACAGCAAUGACUUGGCCAAUCAGAUAACCGUUUGUCUGGAAAGAUUGGGAAGCCUCGCCCUUAAACCAGAGGAGUCAACCGCCCUUGGCUUUGAAGCUGAUACUUCUUCUCUUCGUCAACUUCUCAGAACGUUUGGUUCCAUCACAACUACAAAUUCAGUUGAAGAGAAACCAGCCCCUGUCAAUCAUAUGCCCUGUAGUUUUGUGUCCCAGAAUCCAUGGCUUCUGCACAACUGCUUUGUUCCAGCAACGGAACAGAAGCCAAUGCCUAGAUUUUUUGACACGCCUCUCUCUGAUUGGCUGUUGAAAAAAAAGGACACUAACCUUCCUCAGAGCUCUGACGCACACAUUCCAAAUUCUUCCCUCCAGUUUUGGCUGCAAAAAGGACAACCUACUGUGACAGAGGAUUUAAAUGCUCCCAAACCUCACACAUUCAGUCUGGAAAAGAUUUGGGGUCAGAUGGGAGAGUUGCACAAUUGGCUGCUAGAGUCCAAGCAUGACAAUCAAGACGACACCACCUGCUCAAGCGACGGUUCCUUCUCCGGCUCCUCCAUUUCCAUUGAAAAGGUUGAAUUUGAAGAGUUGGAUAAUCAAGAGGACAUGGAUAUGUCAGACUGGCUGAUUUCUCCUACUGAGAUAGAGGACCCAGUGAAUGUGGCAGAUAAGUGGAAGAAGGUAUUCAAACCAUUCUUUGAGGACUACAAUAAAAAUGACUGGCUACCAAAAGUAGAGUCUUGUGGUAAUCGCUGUGGUGGUCAUACAGCUGCCCUAGAAAUAGAAAAUCUCGGAAAUCUGAAAUGCCUCCAUGAGCAACUAGGAGGAAAGAAGACCCCAAACUCUAGCAACGAUAUGUGGCUAUUGCAGCACCCUCAACCUGAGCUGAGGGUGGAAAACGUCUGUAAAGCCAAUGAGCUGUGUUCUUCCUUUUCAGAAUGUGUUUGUGAUGAAAGUUGUGAGAAAGAAGCCCUCAGCAAGUGGUUACUCAAAAAAGAAGGAAAAGAUAAGAAUGGAAUCCCACUGAAUCAAGAACACAAGUCGAAAAACUGUGAACCUGAAAAGCCAAGGCCUUCCAUUGAGAUGUGGCUACGUCCCUGCAGAAAAAACUCUGAAGACCACUGCAGUACCAAGAAUGUUGAAGAACUUGACCCAUGUGUUAGGAUGUUUAAAGAUAUAAUCGAAUCUCCUUUGUCAAACUGGGUUGCCACAUCUAACCAAACUGAAGAAAAAGGAAACAAAGAAACAAAAGAACGUCCUUGUAAAGCCCUCCCUGAAAGCACACUGUCCCCUUUCCAUAUGCCUCUGAAUCCUAGUGCCUGGGUGUUGUCUUCUACAAAGACAGAUAACUCAGAGAAGUCAGAAGAGCCUGAUCUAAAGGAUAAGUGGUUGCUACGCAAGAAAGCACAUGACUAUUAUGGUCUCCCCAGUGUAUGUGACUUAUUUGCCUGUAUGAAACUGGCAGCUGACAAUGACAAAUGGCUAUAUCGUAGCCCCCUGCAGAUGUGAAGCACAUUAUAAACUCCAAGCCACCAAUCAACCUUCUUGCUGAUUACGCACACUAAGGAACCUUCAUGGCAAAGAAUUAUUGUUUUUUUUGUCAUUGUCUAUGCCAUUUUUAUUUUAUCAUAAAGUUUGUUCGUCUGCUGGUCUAUAACAUGUGCUGCAAUGUCAAUAACUCACAUCCUUGACCUUCAUCAAAGCAAUUUGUAUUGACCGAUCCAAUUGAAAAUAAUCCAAUAUAAAUACAAACACAGCCACCGUCUGCUUUAUGUUUCCAGGAAUUCUAUGUCUGCACCACUGUGACGUUAUUUUAUAUUUGUGGUUCCAUCAUUUCCAUCAUGCAGUGUUCACUGUGUUGGUAUGGUUUUUGCCAAACUAUAUGCUUGGGCGGUAUUUUGUAUCAUUUUACUUCAUACCUGUCUGCUUACUAACGCAUGUAACCUUGCAGUAGCUGAACUUUACUUUUCCACGGGGGCAUCUUAUUGGCAACUGAAGUAAAUGUCCUGGCUUACAUGUUCUGCUCUUUGAGUAUAACUGUGAGUUCAACGACUAUUUGGUAUUAGAAGGCACACUAACACACCUGCCGACAUAGAUGUGAAAUUUAGGGGUUUUAUGCCCCAUAGAACGCAAGUGUCUGUUGAAAUGUCAAUAGCAUAAUAGAAUGUAGCCCUAUAAUUUCUUCUAAAGUUCAGCAUGAAUUCUGGCCUCGUUAUAAUCACACUUUGUUCAUUUUGAUAUCCAAUUAUGGAUCCAUCCGCUCCAAAAUAUUGAAAUGACAGAAAGUGAAUGUGUUUUCUCCCUGUCAUUGUGCGAUCCAUUGUGGAAAGUGCUGAAAUGCCUUUUUUUCUUUUUUGUUUUUUUUUGUUUUAAUGCAACACUUGCUUGCAGCAGCGGAUCAAACAUAAUUUAUUGUGCCAUGUGGAAUCUCGGCAUCCUCACAUUUAUUUGGUCACUAAGUCAGCUGCUGCUGCAUCUCUCUGAUAAUUGAUUUUCUUUAUCUAUAGAGGGCACUAUCACUUAAAUGUUAUUCCUCCUUUAAAAUGUGAAGUGUUUUGAAACCAUGCACUUACACAAAAACAUAGCAUCAUACGAACAUUGACAUCUCCCCUACACCUUUAAAGUCCUUUAAAUGUAGGCACUCUAAUAAAGCAUUGAAUGGUAGUGUCCUUUUAAAUUGUAUUUCAGGAAUGAAUUUCUGAACUGGGUAGUAAAAGUCUGCACCCUUCAAUACGUUUGUUCCACAUGGUGACCAUUGCAGAAGCAUUCAUUUCAUUCACAUUAGUUUUUUUUUUUUAGCUGUUUGCACAGAAAGCUGGGAAAUGGCAAUUUAUUUUUAAAAACAUGAAUGUUAGAAUAUUUUUUUUUAAUUGCAGUUUAGAUUCACAGGAUUAUCUGUUCGCAUAUAAAAAUGUGGAAAGUUUUAUUUUGAUUCUUCUCGAAGUAUUUGGAAUUAUAGAAUCUGUCUGUCAUUUUUAACCAUUUUAUGCUUAAGGGGCUCCUGUUCAACGAUAUUUGUACCCCACCAGCAAAGGCAUAAACAAUAUUAAAGAGGCACUCUACGCAAUAUAAUCUCUGCAGCUCAUUACAUUGGGUAUGCACUACCCCUCAGCUCAUAUUGCGUUAUUCAAGUUUUCAUUCGGUUUGACAAAUAACAUGGAUCUACUGGUCUUCAGUUUUCCCCAGAGGACAAUAGUCAUCAGUCACUCAAAGUUGGAAGAGCCAAAUUCACUUCUGGUUUGAUACAAGCUGGAGGAGUGAUAUGGGACAGCCCCCAAAGAUUUGUGCAUGAUAACCACUUCAGUGAGCUUGUAGAUGGUAUGUUUGGAGUGCCCCUUUAAUUGCAAUGACCUGUUUCAAUGUUUUGUCUGAAAGUGCCAGUCUACCUUGUCUGUUUAUUAAAGUGAACACUUUUAGCUAUGUCAAUCCAUAUAUUUUGAUUAUGCUAGUUAAUCUUACAAAUUUAAUUUCAUAUGUAAUUUUCUUUCAUCAUUAAAGAAUUACAGCAAUA